AUGAUGCAGCUCGCCAGCGCUUCCGACCAUCGACGGGAAAGAUUGGCCCAAGCCGGUUUGCAGAAGCAGGAGCGGCUUACCUUGCACCCAUGCAUUUGCGAUCGUUGUGGCGGCCUGGUUCAGGGCAUCCGUUUGAAGUGCUUGGAGUGUCGCGACUUCGACUUGUGUGCAGCCUGUCUUCAAAAGGGUCGACCUGUCAUGAGCAAACGCGGCACCCCACCCUUGGAGGUGACUCACCAGGACAGCCAUGAGAUGCUGGUGUUGUCCCGUGCCACUUCCAACACCACAGUCGCCUCUUUGGUGAGCGCUUGGCAGAAAGGGAAGGUUGGGCGCCUUGGGACGUCCACGGUGGCUGAUGACGAAGUCACAGCAACAGCUUGCAAGUUUGGAUGCCCAAGUGUGCAGGAGGGCCUCCCGGUGGCGGCACUCUGCAGCUGUGGCAAGACGCUGUGCAGCCGCUGCCUGCGCUGCUGUGGCGGCCCGGGCCUGUGGCUGCCAGGGAGACGCUGCCUUCCCUGGGCCCAGGCGCAGCAGUUGGGGAAGCAAUGGCAACUGGCAACACCAGAGAUGAGAGAGGAACUGAAGGAGGUGACAGAGGAGAGCAUCGCAGAAGACUGUGGGAUACGACUGAUGACUAAAGAGGAUUUGGAUGCCGUGCUUGCAGUCGAAAACAUCAGCUUUGUACAACCGUACUCAAGAGAAACCUUCGAAGCCAUCUUGGGGCACGAUGGCCAUACCAGCUAUGUGGCAGUGAGCAAAACAUCAGGGCGCUGCGCUGGAUAUCUCAUCCUGGAACUUGGAGGUGACCCCAAGCAUCUUCGGGGCUAUGUCACGAGCAUUGCUGUGCUUCCCCUCUUCCGGUCCCAUGGUGUGGCCCAGCAGCUUCUGCAAGAGGCGCUCAGCGAGGCACAACGGCAUCAUGCGCAAGCUGUGGAGCUGCAUGUGCACACACGCAAUGAGGGAGCCAUCAAGUUGUACCGACGUUGUGGCUUCGAGGUUCUGGAAGAGGUUCGCGGCUUCUAUGGCUCAGAGGGCCAUCUCCAAAGCGGUGAUGCUUAUGUGAUGUGUCGAGUGGAAAGAGAUGCGCAGGAUUUCGCACAGACCUAUGCCAAGAUCCAGGGAGAGGAUGUCCAUUUCGGAUGCUGUCCUGGACGCGGCAUCAGUGCAUGUGGCCCACAAAAAGCACCGAUCCGAACCUUUGCAGAGGCAGAAGUUCCAAUGGACCGCUGGUGUGUUAGCCUGGAUGAUCUCAAACAGUUCAAGCGACUGGUUGGUCAAGCCGUCAGUGAGGGUCGCAUUUGUCCUACUGAGAUGGACCCUUUUGACCCUAAAGACUAUACCUUUGGUCCCUCGAUGUAUACCGUCACCGAGCAAUACAUUAAGCCAGUGACCGCCGCUGCUGGAAAUGUCAGUUGGGCGUUGAUGAAGAAUCCCGAUGGCUUACCGUGCGACGUUUUCAUCACGCAUGCUUGGGCUGAAGGUAUUUAUGAAUUCGUGGACAAGGUGGUUGAAACCUGGCCACCUGGUGGACGAGCAGCCUAUGUGUGCUUCUUAUCGAAUCCGCAGAACUUGGACAUUUGCGAUUUGAUUUCUACACCUGAGGAAUCUCCAUUUGCGAAGGCUUUGGACUCCUGCAAGCACGUCCUUGCAGUCCCAAAUCGCACAUUCAGCAUCUACUCAAGGCUUUGGUGCGUUUAUGAGGCGUUUCUGGCUUAUACUUCGAACAAGCCCAUCACCAAUGCAACAUCAUGCGAUAUCAAUACCUGGGCUUACCUUCUGCGAAUUGUCGGCAUCAGUCAGGCAAGUCUCUCCGCUGCUUUGCUGCUGCCAUUGAGGUUUGCGGUGAUGCUGUCCGUGCCAUUCACCAUCCUGGUGCCAGUUCCAUUUAUGGUGCUUUUCCUCCUCUCCUUUGGCCGUUGUGGUGGCUACAAGCCCCUUCUGCAGAACUUGGGAGUGCUCGGGGUGACCCUCACGGCCAAUGUGGGCUAUGGUUGUGCAAUCAUCACCGGCCGGGCGUUGUUCGAGCACAAUUGGCUUUUCGCCCUGCAGUACAUCUCCUUGGGCUUCUUCGGCACCCUUGGGAUGGAGCUCGACCGCCUGAACUCCGUGUCGGCCGAUGCGGCCGCCCUGAACCUCCGCCGUGGCUUCACCGGGCGCCUGUCGGAUGCUGACUGCUCCACGGAGGCGGAUCGGCGGAAGAUCCUGGAGCAAGUGAAGAAGAGUGGACAUGAGAAGGAUGUUGAAGAAGCCGUGAAAGUGCUCAUGAAGAUGAACCUCUCCACACCUGAGCUUCGAGCGACGGCCGAACGCACUGGAACUUUGACGGAUGCGUCCCACUGGAGUCGCGCCAUUCUUUCGGCCACGUUCAUUGCAUUCCCGGGCUUUAGGCCUUUCAUCCUGCUCAAGUAUGGACAUUUAGUCUUUGGGAUCGAGUACGGACAUUGGUUCCAAGGCCUGUUGAUCAUCAUUUCCACCUAUGAAGCCGUGGUCUUCCUGGCUCUGUUUAUUGUUUUGCCGGACGAUCGGAAAGCCUUCGCAGCACGCGUUCAGUCUCUUUGGUUGGUCCUUUGGCCUGUACAUGCCCUGGGCGGUAGCAACAAUCGAUGGUUCCACACCGUGUCCGUGCUUGUGUAUUGCCCCCUGCUGCUGGCCAUUUCAAUCAUGGGACCUGCAAGCACGGCACAGAUCCCCUACGUGGGACCUCACUUUGUUCGCUUGGUCUUCGGAAAGCCGCGCUGCCUUCGGCGCUGCGCGCGCGGUGCGCGCCGCAAAGCGACUUCGAGUCCGGAAGGAGGAAGCAUUCCUGAGAAGGAAAAAGCAGAAGACCUGCCCAUGGUCUGA